UGAGUGACGUCUUGGAAUGGGUGGAGCGCCAGGCCGGAAGUGGAGCUGCUUUCCCCUUCUGCGAUUGGCCAAGACGCGCUGCGGGGGAAGAGGGGGGCUGCGUCACGAGGAGGGGCGGGGCCAAGGCGCCUCACGGAGAAGGCGGAAGCAGAGACCCACCGGAAGCAAGGCAGGGGUCUUCCUUCUCAUGGCGUCAUCUUCGUCAGAGGGGCAGGAGCCCCCCUUGGAGGAUGGGGAGGGGCCCCCGGAGGAAGAGGCCCCCUUGGCGGAGGAACUAUCGCUGGGUUUUGGGGGCGACCUGGAAGUGAACCCCUUUGACGGGCUGCCCUUCUCCUCCCGCUACUACGAGCUGCUGCGCCAGCGCCGGGCCCUGCCCAUCUGGGGGUCCAAGUUCGCCUUCAUGGAGCUGAUGGAGGGGGAGGCUGGGGGUGUCGUCCUCGUCUCUGGGGAACCAGGCACUGGAAAGAGCACCCAGGUGCCCCAGUGGUGUGCGGAGCAUGCCCUCUCACUGCAGUUUACCCACGGCCAGGUGGUCUGCACCCAGCCUCACACCCUGGCCGCCCUCAGCCUUGCCCUCCGUGUGGCCGACGAGAUGGACCUCAACGUGGGCCACGAGGUGGGCUACUGCGUCCCCUACGACGACUGCUGCACCUCUGAGACAAUCCUCAGGUUCUGCUCGGAUGAGGUGCUUCUGCGGGAGAUGACCUCAGACCCUCUGCUGCGCCAGUAUGGGGCGGUGGUCCUCGACGAGACCCAGGCCCGCACCGUGCCCACUGACCUCCUGCUGGGCCUCCUGAAGGACGUCCAGCGCCAGCGGCCGGAGCUGCGCCUGGUGGUGGUGACGGAGCCCCCCAUGGAGCAGUCCCUGGGCCGCUUCUUUCCGGAAGCCCCCCUAGUGAGGGUCCCAGGGUCCGGCCCGACACCCCGCCUUGCCCACCAGGAGACCCCGCCAGGGGAGCGUGUCUCAGCCGCCUCCCGGGCUGCCCUGGAGCUCCAUCGGCGGAAGGAGCCUGGAGAUGUGAUGAUCUUCUUGGCCAGCGAACAGGAGGUCAGUGCGUGUUGUGAGGCCAUCCGCCUGGAGGCUGCCACCCUGGACCCUGCGCUGGGCCCGCUGCUGGUGCUGCCCCUCCACCCGGCCGUGGGGCGAGAGGUCCAGCGGGUGUAUGAGGCCAGCCUGGAUGCAACAGGCGGGGGCCGGAUGCGCCGGAUCAUCGUCUCCCACUGGAUGGCGGACGCAGCGUUCUCCGUGGGGAGCGUCAGGCACGUGAUUGACGCUGGUCUCGAGCUGCGCAGCGUGUACAACCCACAGAUCCGCGCUGAGUCUCAGGUGCUGCGGCCCAUAAGCAAGAAGCAGGCCGAGGCAAGGAGGCUGAGGGCAGCUGGGAGCCCCCCAGGGUCCUGCCUGCGCCUCUAUGCCGAGUCCGCUUAUGCGCAGUUCCCAGACUUCCCUCCGGCCGGCAUCACUGAGGCCAACUUAAGCCGCCUGGUCCUGCUCCUGAAGCGCCUGGACAUUGCUGACAUGGGGCAGUGCGAUUUCCUUGACCGGCCAGGGCCUGAGUCUCUCAUGCAGGCCCUGGAAGACCUGGACUACCUGGCCGCCCUAGAUGACGACGGGAACCUCUCUGAAGUGGGCAUCAUCAUGUCCGAGUUCCCCCUCGACCCCCAGCUUGCCAAGGCCCUCCUGGCCGCCUGCGAGUUUGACUGCGUGGAUGAGAUGCUCACCUUGGCCGCCAUGCUGACAGCCUGGCCCUGCUUCCUGACUCCCCAGAAUCGUUGGGAGGAAGCAGUGUCCGCCCGGCAACGAGCCCUGCUUCACCCGGCGGGAGACCACUUCACCCUCAUCAACAUCUUCAAUGCUUUCCACCAGCAGAGUGACCCGGAGAGCUGGUGCCGGAAGCACGGGGUGAGCGAGGGGGCGCUGCGGCUGGCGGGGGCCGUGCGGUCAGAGCUCCUGGAGGUCAUGCAGCGGAUCGAACUGCCCGUCUCCCCGCCGGCCUUUGGCUCGGACAGCAACGUCCUCCAACUCAAGCAAGCCCUGCUCUCGGGCUUCUUCCUCAAGGUGGCCCGGGACAUCGAUGGCUCCGGCAACUACCUGCUGCUGACCCACAAGCACCUGGCCCAGCUGCCCCCCAGCUGCUGCUACCGCCUGCGCCGGCCUCCCCCGCGGCCUCCCCCCUGGCUGCUCUACCAUGAGUUCACCAUCUCCCAGGACAAUUGCCUCAGCGUCGUCUCCGAAAUCCAGCCAGAGAUGCUGGCCCAACUGGCCCCCCAGUACUACCUGAGCAACCUCCCGCCCAGCGAGAGCCGGGAUCUGCUGCUGGAGCUGCGAGAGAAGCUCUCCGGCGAGGAGGAGGAGGGGGAGGAGGAGGAGGGGUUGUCACCGACACAAGACGAGGGGGCCAACACCUCCAAGGCUGCCACCGCCUCUGAGGGCAGCGAAGAUGUCUGCGUGGUGCAAUGAGGCCGGAGCGAGGCUAGCUUGGAUCUGCCCAGCUCCCCAAAGUGUCUCUCCUGUCCUCACUGGGGAAAGGAGGAGAAGGAGAAAGGGCCUCAGGCCUGUAUCGUGGUCAUUGUCUGGGGUGGGACGUGGUCCUCUGGGUCACGGGGACGCCUGGUGUGCGGAAAUCUGGGUGCUUUCCUAGAAGAGGAAGGGACUCAAAGCCAUGCAUCCCAUGAGCGCCUUAUGGAGCAGCUCCCACCUGCCCCCAGUCACCUGGAGGCCAGGUACGAGGUCAGGUACGAGGCCAGGUAGGAGGCCAGGUAAGAGGGUCUUAGCUGGGGUGAUGGUGCUCCUCUCAACAUAGACUCACGCCCUUCCUGCACCUCCAGAGGGGAUUCUGGGAGUGCCGGUGAACCCCUCCCCAGAGCAUAGCAGUGCUCAACUCAGAGGACCACCAAGCUCCUACCUGCCCUCAAAGCCACUGGAUGGGACUUGGCUGGUCAGCGGUCACCUGACUCACCGCUAGACCUUCCUGGGGCAGGAGACCCCUCGUGAUGGGUCGGGGGUGAGAAGAAGGCCCCUCACAAAGGAAACAGCCUGGGGAGCCCUUUCCUUUGGAGGUCUUGCUUGCCCUUGACUUCCCAGCGGUCUUGAUCUCCCAGCGGUUUUGGCCUGCAUCCCUUUGGCCUUCUCUGCGGCAGGAAGCCCCAGACGGGGGAUUUUCCCACAAGGGAGGAGGGUGGGCGCGGGAUAUGUGUAUGUGAUUUGCCUGUGGAAUUCUCAUGGCAGUGAUUGUGAGUGUUUUGUCUUUGUGGGCUGAUCGGGAUGGACACAAGCACAAUCUGGCUGCCCUCCGCGUUGACUCCUUUCGGCCCGAGAAGCCGCUUCAUCAAGAGGUCCAUUAAACCUUUUACACUCCCG